CUGCUGCCCUUGAUUGAGUGGUUUUGGAAAGAUGAAUUUUGGCUUCCUCCAGGAUUCACCUGGGAGGACAUGAAAGGGACUGAAGAGAUCCACUACCCUGAGCCUCGUUACCUUCUCCUCAGCAUCCCUUUUAUACUCUUCCUUACCGGUCUGCGGUUCUUCAUUGAAAGGACUGUUGCUCUGCCUCUGAGCAGAAAAAUGGGCCUGAGGGAGAAGGUGCAAAGGAAAGCUUCUCCAAAUCCUGUGCUGGAAGCUUUUUACAACAGACACCAAAAGAAACCAAAAGUGAGUGAGCUGAAUAUAUUGGCCAAGCAGUGUGACCUUCAACACCGGGAGGUGGAGAGAUGGUUUCGAUCCCGUCUCAAACAAGACCAGUCCAACUUGACAAGGAAAUUCAGUGAAGCCAGCUGGAGGAGCACCUUCUAUGUAACUGCCUUCAUCACAGGCCUGAUUGUCCUGCAUGAUAAAUCCUGGUUCUGGGACUACCGAGAGUGCUGGACUGGGUACCCGCAGCAGCCACUUGUCCCUUCCAUCGCUGCCUACUACGUGCUGCAGUUUUCCUUCUACUGCUCCAUGGUCAUCACCUUACCUUUUGAUGUGAAGAGGAAGUGUGCUCUACAACACAUACUAUUACUCCAUGGAACUCUUCCAACCCUUCUUUGGCUACUACUUCAUGAAUGCUCUCUUGAUGGUUCUACACUUGCUGCACCUCUUCUGGUGUUACUUGAUCAUCCAAAUGCUGUACAAGUUCAUUCUGUGUGGCAAGAUUGAAAAAGACGUGAGGAGUGACUCAGAAGACAGCGAGAACGAUGAAAAAGAGACAACCUGAAUAGAUUCCCAAGUUUGUCCCCAGCCUCUCGAGGCAUCCCUUUGAGUGUGCAAACCAACACAAUACUACCUGCUGAACUUUUAUACUGGGAUUUUUCUGGGUAUACUUCGGUCAAGUAAAAGUGCUGUCUCUCAAUGUCAAGGGUAAAACAACCCUUACAGAGGAGAGAAAGAUCUCAUAACUCUCCCGAGUUGCAACAUUCUACUGGGAAAUUAAAAUUAUCUGACCAACAUCAAAAGAACCACUUCAACAAUUUAUAUGCUAAAUGUUUACUAACUCAAGAUAGUCAUAUACAGGAAUAAUAAUGAAUGCAGUAACAAAAAACCAUAUUACAACAGAGUAGCAGCAAGAACAUUUUAUACAGCAAGAGUAAAAAAAAUUCUCAGCCUCUUAAGCUCUAACAGGAGGUGUAGUCGAACUAACAAACAGCAUCAAAGAAAUAGUUACUAAUGCAAAGAUUAAUUAAAAAAUUGUUCACCAGGGGG